AUGGAGAGCAGAGCUGAGGAAGAGAGGGAGUUCUGAAGGUCUGUUUUAGAGGUAGACAGACUAAUUAGACAGACUAAUGAGGUUGGUGUGUGUCGAGACCACGUAUAGAGACAACGUAUAGAGGUUUGUGUUAUUUGGUUCAGGGACAGUGUGGGACUUGUGUGUUUCUGAAGAGAGGAGAGGGGAGGCCGGAUCCCUGUUAUCCUGCAGGUCGGAUCCUAAACCUCUCAGCAGGCUGGCUGGAGUCUCUGGAGGACCACGCCCAUCCCAGAGUUCAAUGGGCCGAAGGUCUCUUGUCCUCCGCUGCUUCGGUCAAGACAGCGAGCGAGAAGACACCUGACCACCUCUAAACCUCUACCAAGCUUCUCCAGCCCUGUCUGAUCCUCUCUUCACGCGCAGCUGAACAACUCCUAGCCCCUGUUAGGCCUGUCGGCAGACCCGCUCUACCCAGCCAGGAGUGACUGAACGCUGGGGAGCAGAGAGACCUUGGCCCCUCUCGUCCAGAACAGAACCAAAUAGACACAGGCUUUUAUGAAGGUAAUCUAGAUAGACUGUCCAGUAUGGCGAAAAAUGUGACCCAGAUUUCACGAGAGGACCUGGAGGAGCUCCGGGAGGCUUUCAACAGGAUCGAUACUGACAACAGUGGUUUUGUCAGUGACUUUGAGCUGCAGGAGCUGUUCAGAGAGGCUAGUUUCUCCAUGCCAGGCUACAGAGUCAGAGACAUAGUGGAGAUCUUCGUAGCAGGAGACACCAACAAGGACGGGAAGAUCAGCUUUGAAGAGUUCGUCUCGAUCUACCAGGAGCUGAAGAGUAAGGAGCUCAGUGAGACGUUCAAGAAAACCAUCGCCAGGAGAGAAGGGAUACAAUCCUUUGGAGGAUUGUCAGGAAUCUCCAGCGAGGGAACACAGCACUCCUACUCAGAUGAGGAGAAGGUGGCAUUUGUGAACUGGAUCAACAAGUCUCUGGCUAAAGAUGAAGACUGUAAACACCUUCUACCCAUGAACCCUGACGGAGACAGUCUCUUCAAAUCAGUAAAAGAUGGGAUCCUGCUCUGUAAAAUGAUCAACCUCUCCCAGUCUGACACCAUCGAUGAGAGAGUCAUCAACACCAAGAAACAAACCACCUUUACCAUGACCGAGAACCUGAUGCUGGCGAUAAACUCUGCAUUGUCUAUCGGCUGUACCGUGGUCAACAUCGACGCCCCUGACCUGAUGGCUGGGAAACCCCACCUGGUGCUGGGGCUGCUUUGGCAGAUUAUCAAGAUAGGACUGUUUGCUGACAUAGAGAUCAGCAGCAACGAGGCUCUUAUUAACCUGCUGUUUGAGGGGGAGGAGUUAGAACACCUGAUGUCAUUGUCUCCUGAAGAACUGUUGCUACGCUGGGUCAACCAUCACCUAGGCAACGCUGGGGCCCAACCAAUCAGCAACUUCAGCCAAGACAUCAAGGAUUCCAGAGCGUAUUUCACCCUGUUGGACCAGAUCUCACCUAAAGGAGAGGACAUAGACGAGAUGGCCAUCCACAUCGAUAUGACCGGCAUCAAUGAGCGUGACGACGAACGCAGGGCAGAGAUGAUGCUUCGCCAGGCAGCCCGUCUGGACUGCAGACAGUUUGUGUCUCCUAUGGAUGUGGUGUCUGGCAACAGCAAGCUGAACCUGGCCUUCGUAGCCAACCUCUUCAACACACACCCGGCCCUGAAGAGGACUAACAGCAACAACAUAGACACAGCACUCAUAGAGGGAGAAUCCAGAGAGGAGAAAACAUUCAGGAACUGGAUGAACUCUCUGGGAGUUGCUCCCUAUGUCAACCACCUCUACUGUGACCUGUGUGAUGCGGUGGUGAUUCUCCAGCUGUAUGAGAAAGUCAACGUCCCUGUAGAGUGGAAAAAAGUCAACAGACCUCCAUACUCUGCACUGGGCAGUAACAUGAAGAAGUUGGAGAACUGUACCUAUGCGGUGGAACUGGGUCGGAAUAAAGCUCGAUUCUCAUUGGUGGGAAUUGGAGGAGUGAAUCUGAAUGAGGGAAGUCCCAUGCACACACUGGCUCUGGUCUGGCAGCUGAUGAGGAGGUACACUCUCCAGGUGUUGUCUGAUCUAGGAGAUGGGGAGAAGAUUGGAGACCAGAUCAUAAUCAACUGGGUCAACACUCAGCUCAAAGAGGGAGGCAAGGACUCACAGAUCAGCAGCUUCAAGGAUAAGCUGAUCAGUACUAGUCUCCCAGUGAUAGAUUUGUUAGACACCAUCGCCCCCAAAUCUAUCAAAGAGGAGCUGGUGAAGAGAGGGGAGCUCAGCGAUGCAGAUAAGCUCAACAACGCCAAGUAUGCUAUCACGGUAUCCAGGAAGAUUGGAGCCCGUGUCUACGCUCUGCCUGAUGACCUGGUUGAGGUGAAACCCAAGAUGGUUCUGACUGUGUUCGCAUGCCUGAUGGGGAGGGGCAUGAAGAAAGCUGAUGGCUGAACACACACACACACACUCAGACACACUAACAUACACUAACAGCCUGUCCCAAUUGGUUCCUUACCCUUUACCCUCUUCCUGUCUCCUGCACAUCUCGUCUGUGAUUAGAUCAGUGUAUAUAAUCAUAGAUGAUUGUUCAUUAAACAUUUAUUUCAUACUGAUAGAAACCGAGCGGUUAUGUGCCUAGUGUGCUCAAGGAGGCACUGAUGGAUCAUUUUAAUAUCUAAAUUAUGAAUGUAUUAAUUCAUUCUGUGGAAAAGAAACAACAGAAUAGAAUUAUAAAUCUAUAUAGUGGAGGGGACAUGAACCCUUUGGUUUCAAUCACAAACACACCUUACAGAACUAACAGCACAGACACACUACAGACCUGUAAAUGUUGUGUAAUUCUCUUGACUUAGUAAACUCAAUCGACUGAAGAUAAUA